AGGAGGCCGAGGGACAGGUGAGUGGGCUCUCCCACCUGUGGGCACCUGACAGGGAAGGAAGGAAGACCAUGGGGCGACUCGCCUUUCUGAGCUUCGGCUUGCUGGUCGUGGGCGUCUCCCUAAGAGGAGCCAAAGGCUGGUGUCCCCGUGAUUGGCUUCACAGGAAAGUGUUUUGCUACAAGCUGUUCAAUAUGUUGAAGACCUGGAACGAUGCAGAGAUAUUCUGCAGGAAACACAAACCUGGUUGCCACCUCGCCUCCAUCCAUAGCACUGAAGAGUUAAUUGACGUGGCCGAGUACGUCUCCGACUAUAGAGAAAAGAAAGAGAAUGUCUGGAUCGGACUGAAUGACCCUCAGAAAGUAGGUCCCUGUCUAUUAUGACGAAGGUGCAUCAUUUCAUUUUUCCUCUCUCUACGGGGCUACUUGAAGGAUCCUCAACGGGGUGUUAGGGGUCUCUGCUGAAAGGAUCCCUUGCCUUGGAUGAAA